CCCGGAAAAGCUUUUUCUGGAGCGCUUGUCAACACAACAUGGCUGGAUUACAGAAGGGACACGGCUGUGGUUAUUAGGACACGUUCAAGGGGAAACGGCUGCCUGACCCUCAUAUGAAAGUAUCCAGACUUCAGAUUUGAGCUGGUUAAUGCGAGGUCUCUUUCAUAUGAAGACAGAGUGAAUGUCAGAAUAAUGCACAAGAUCACAAAGGCGACGCUGGCCUUAAAUGCUCUUGGCCGGUGUUUUAUUUUAGAUAAGCAUUUAUCCUCUAUAAAAAUAAUCAGCCGGGGAUUAGUAUGUGCAGAACAUGGGGACGAUUCUGGCAAGAAUGACGUUUAUGAUGUUAUUAUAUCCGGGGGAGGAAUGGUUGGAUCUGCAAUGGCAUGUUCCCUAGGCAUGGAUCCCAACUUGGAGGGAAAGAAGAUUCUCCUGCUUGAAGCGGGUCACAAGAAAGUGAUGGACAAAGUCCCAGACACCUACAGCACCAGAGUCAGCUCCAUCAGUCCAGGCUCUGCUACCCUCCUCAGCAGUAUUGGUGCAUGGGAGCACAUCACAACGAUGAGGUACAAGCCCUAUAACAAGAUGCAGGUUUGGGAUGCCUGCUCCGAUGCCCUGAUCACAUUCGAUAAGGAGAACCUGCAGGACGAGAUGGCCUACAUUGUGGAGAAUGACAUCGUUGUGGCUGCUCUCACUAAACAGCUGGACAGUCUGUCCGAUAACGUGCAAGUCAAGUACAGGUCCAAGGUGGUGAAGUACGACUGGCCCAAGCCCCACCAGGCAGCGGAAGCCAUCCCAUGGGUCCAGGUGACGUUGGCCAGCGGAGAGACUGUUCAGACCAAGCUGCUGAUUGGUGCUGAUGGACCAAACUCAAUGGUGAGGCAGGGAUUGGGGAUACCUACAGUCAAGUGGAAUUAUGACCAGUCUGCUGUGGUUGCUGUGCUGCACUUAUCAGAACCCACUGAGAACAAUGUCGCAUGGCAGAGAUUCCUCCCAACAGGACCCAUUGCAAUGUUACCGGUGAUAUAUCUGCAUUAUUUACAGUAUAUUUUUUUCAUCUUGCUAAAUCUCAGUCUGUCAUAUAAGUAUUUGAUAUUGGCGUCCAUGCUCUGUGUCCUGCAGCUGUCGGACACAGAGAGCUCUCUGGUGUGGUCAACCAGCCAUCGGCUCGCCGAGGAGCUGCUGGAGCUGGAUGAGGAGAGUUUUGUCGAUGCUGUCAACUCAGCCUUUUGGAGUAACGAGAACCAGUCAGAGCUGAUUGAGACGGCUGGCUCUCUGUUCCGCGGUGCCCUGUCAGUCAUCAUGCCGUCUGCAGGUUCACCCCGACAGCUUCCCCCAAGUGUGGCAGGGAUCGGGCCAAAGACCCGAGUCAUGUUUCCUCUGGGCAUGGGACAUGCGUCAGAAUACAUCAGGCACCGAGUAGCUCUCAUCGGGGAUGCAGCCCACCGUGUGCAUCCUCUGGCGGGUCAGGGAGCCAACCUGGGCUUUGGGGAUGUGGCUUGCCUCACACAGCUCCUGAGCCAGGCAGCCUUUAACGGGAAGGACCUGGGAGCGAUUCAGCACCUGUUAGAAUAUGAAACUGAACGCCAGCGACACAAUCUGCCCAUGAUGGCUGCCAUCGACCUCAUGAAACGCCUUUAUUCUACUAACGCUGCUCCUGUCGUUUUCCUGCGCUCCUUCGGUCUGCAGGCCACCAACAUGCUUCCAGCACUAAAAGAACAGAUCAUGACGUUUGCAAGCAAGUGAUGAAUCAGUCUUGCAGUGUCCGUCGAUGGAUCUCCACAGACAGUGAGCUUUCAAGGCUGUAAAAAUUGUGAAUGUAAAAAUAAAUUGAUCUAUUUUAA